AUGCCCAGCGCUCCCAUACAGAGCCCCGGCACGUCAUCCGCAAUCUUCAACUCGCCGGAGGCAUUGACCGACCCACGGGAGCACCCGGUGGCAGGUGUCACUUUCCCUGAUUCCUUCCAAGUCUCUCAGAAUCGAACACCUUCCCUCCUCACUCACUCCCCACGCAGAACCUACUCCACUCCUCUCAUCCAACAGCCUCCGACCAUCGUUGCACGAUGUGUAGCAUCACCUGGACCACAGGAUGCGUUGUUGUGGGGACCAGGAUUGUACCUGUCGUCGCGUGCCCCGGUCAGCUAUCCGGCUCGUCCCAAGCGCAGUUCAGUUGGAUCAAACAUGGCCAAUGCCCUGACCUCGGGCCAUUCUUGCGGAAAAUUAUAA